AAAGGAGCAUUGGAAACUGCUGGGCAAUUUGAAGACCACCGUCGAGGGAUUAGUGUCCAGCAACAACCCAAACGUCUGGUCUAAGUAUGGCGGCUUGGAGCGGCUGUGCAGGGAUAUGCACAGCAUCCUCUAUCACGGGCUCAUCCACGAUAAGGUGUACUGCAGGCAGAAGGAUUACUGGCAGUUUGUGAAAGACAUCCGCCGGCUGAGCCCGCAUUCUGCUCAUCACGUGGAGAAAUUCAUCAGCCUGCACGAGAAUGGCCAGCCAAGCGCAGAUGGUGUAGGUGAUCAAGCCAUAGCAGAGCUGUGGCUACAGCACAGUCUGCAGUUCCACUGCCUCUCCGCACAGCUGAAGCCGCUGCUUGAGAACAGACAGUACAUCAGGAAAUUCUACUCAGACGCUGCCUUCCUGCUCAGUGAUGCCCAUGUGACAGCCAUGUUACAGUGCCUGGAGGCUGUGGAGCAGAACAACCCCAGACUUCUGGCUCAGAUUGACACGUCCAUGUUUCUCAGAAGGAGUGAGGCCCCAUUGCCUGUGACGAAGAGUCAAAGCCUGACGGCCCUCCCUGGUUCUGUAUAUAUCCCUCCUAUGGACUAUACACACCACAGGUACUUCGGAUCCUUCUCCAGUCUGCACCAACCAGCCUCCACCAGCAUGUCAGACAGGAGACCAGCAAGCUCCUCCGUGUGCAGCAGCACGAGCCAGCCUCUGGAAAAUGCCCUGUACAACGUACCCCUCUUGCUGCCUGAGGACAGAUCCCCUCUGGGCCAACCUGGCCUCCCGCGGCUCAGUGUUACCUCCCCCAGAGACUCCUUCUCUUCAGUCAGCGAGAUGAGCACCAGCACCGUGACCAGCCAGAGCGAGGACCUCUGGGCGGGUAGCCAGGAUGACACCCAGAGCGACGCCAAUGACGGGCCGGAGUAUCUGGCCAUUGGGAACCUGGGGCGGCGCGGCCGGGCCUGUAGCAGCCAGAGCAGCGCCAGCAGUAGCACCACCAACAGCAACAAGAGCAGCAGUUCCAACCUGUUCUCAUCCAGCAGCUCCCAGAAGCCGGAGUCCAUCUCCUCCUUGGAGGACCAGGGUGCGAGCGGCGGGAGCAGGGGGAUGAGCCUCUUGCGCAGGUCCAGCUUUUCGGAGGGGCAGGCAUCAACCCCCCAAGGGAUCCUCAAGAGAAGCCAUGCACGCUCGCACUCCGAUACCAACGUGGCCUCUGGGAAAACUCCCGAAUCCCAGAGUGACGCCUCGAGGGUGCCGAGUCAUGUGUCCGGCUCCACCCAGAGCAGCGAAGUGAGCACGCCCAGCUCCCUCUACAUGGAGUACGAUGCUGGCCAGUACCUGAGUUCGGGGGAAGGGAUGUUCCGAAGACCCUCGGAAGGACAGUCCCUGAUCAGUUACCUGUCUGAGCAGGACUUCGGCAGCUGUGCAGACCUGGAGAAGGAAAAUGCUCACUUCAGCAUCUCUGAGUCGCUGAUCGCCGCCAUCGAGCUGAUGAAAUGCAACGUGAUGAACCGGCGGCUGGAGGAGGAGGAAGAGGAGAGUGACAAGGAGAUCCAGGAGCUCAAGCAGAAGAUUCGCAUCCGGCGCCAGCAGAUCCGCACCAAACACGUGCUCCCUGCCUACCGGGAAGUGGGCUCCGACAGCUUCGUGGCUACAGACAGUGAGUCCCAGUUCAGCUCCCGUGACUCCAUGUGGCUGUCUGACUCGGGCUCAGCAGAGGACGUGGAGGAAUACGAGAUAAGAGAUGGUAACGAUGGAUCUAACCUGAUUCAAAUGUCCAAGAACGGCCUGUCAGUGUCAAUGGCUUCCUUGUUUUCAGAUGCGGACAUCAAGCGGGAUGCAGCGUCUAGCAGGAAGUCUUUCCUCUCCUCGGAAUCCAUAUCCCACUCCUUCCUCCAUUCGAACUCAGCAGAGGCCGUGGCCAUGGGCCUGCUGAAGCAGUUUGAAGGGAUGCAGCUCCCAGCCGCUUCUGAACUGGACUGGCUAGUCCCAGAGCAGGAUGCCCCCCAGAAGCUCCUGCCAAUUCCGGACUCUCUGCCCAUCUCACCCGACGACGGAGAGCAUGCCGACAUCUACAAGCUCCGAAUCCGGGUCCGCGGGAACCUGGAAUGGGCUCCCCCCCGGCCGCAAAUCAUCUUCAACAUUCACCCAGCCCCAACGAGGAAGGUGGCUGUAGCCAAGCAGAAUUACCGGUGCGCAGGCUGCGGCAUCCGGACAGACCCCGAUUACAUCAAACGGCUGCGGUACUGCGAGUAUCUGGGCAAGUACUUCUGCCAGUGCUGCCACGAGAACACCCAGAUGGUCAUUCCCAGCCGCAUCCUGCGUAAGUGGGACUUCAGCAAGUACUACGUCAGCAACUUCUCCAGGGACCUGCUGAGCAAGAUCUGGAGCGACCCGCUCUUCAGCGUGCAGGACCUCAACGCCGCUCUGUACCGGAAGGUGAAGGCUCUGAAUCAAGUCAGGCUGUUGAGAAUCCAGCUGUUUCGCUUGAAGAACAUGUUUAAGACCUGCCGACUAGCUAAAGAGCUCCUGGAUUCCUUCGACACGGUGCCAGGUCAUUUGACGGAGGAUCUCCACCUCUACUCCUUAAAUGACCUGAAUGCCACUAAGAAGGGGGAGCUAGUUCCCCGCCUGACGGAGCUCAUAAAGGCAGGUACCCUGCACGUUGAGAGAUGCAUGCUGUGCCAAGCCAAAGGCUUCAUCUGUGAGUUCUGUCAAAAGGAGGAGGACAUCAUCUUCCCCUUCGAACUGAACAAGUGCAGGACGUGUGAAGAGUGCAAGGCCUGCUACCACAAAUCCUGCUUCAAAUCGGGCUGCUGCCCCCGGUGUGAGCGCCUGCACGCCAGGAGAGAGCUGCUGGCCAAGCAGAGCAUGGAGUCCUACAUCUCGGACUACGAGGAGGAGGAGCCGCCAGAGGCAGUGGCCGCGACAUGAGUGUGGUGGCGGAGGGCGAAGUGGAGACCAGCGGAUGUAUUUGCGUGCGUGGCCUUCGUCACCAGAGACUAAACUAAGGACUAACCUGACUCUUUCACAAUAAAGGAGCCCGUGGGAGGGCUGAAUUGUGGGAGAUCUCGGAGCAGCUGGCCCUCACGCGCUGACGGGAUCGGCUUGGUUUGCUUCAAGAGAGCCGGUUUCUUUGCUCUCUACACGAUGGUGUUGGGGACGGUGGACUCCGGACGCUAGUUCUUGCAGUUGUGAUCCUGCAGAGGUGGACACACUGCUGCCUUCGUACAGGGUCCGGUGGCGAAUCCUGUCUGUGCCACACUCCGAGCGCAAUGAGCGUUUGUAUGCCAGUGUGCUCCCCUGGCCCCUUAGGGAGGAGCUCAGCCAGACGCUGGCUUAGCCAGGUUCUUGAGGAGCUUCCACCAGUUAGGAGGUGAAAGCUCCUGUCUAGCUCAGCUCUCCACGGGGGAGUACCUGGAGUCCUGCCGCUGCCUAGGCUGGCUGCCUUGGGGCAAAAGAGAAGGGGCUUUUGCCAAGUCCUCUGCCUAUAACACGCCAUAUCCUUUGCCGCUGACGUGACCUUUUUAACUGUCCCUUAUUCAGAACUGAUAUGACUUGAUUUGGGGGUGGGGGGGAAGAAGCAGCAGCAAACAGCGCCUUGUCCUCUGCCUGGCGGGAGCCGUCACGAACUGUGGAUACCUGCUGGGCUGGUAGAUCAGGCUAGUGCACGCGGACUGUAUGGGACAAAGGAGUUGAUCUGAUUUUCCCUUCGACCCGGCCCUGCUUUAGCUGCCUGCAGGCUGGGGGAGAGAUCUGUGCCAGUCGCUGUCGGGAGCAGCCCCCGUCUCUGCUAUUGAUGUUCGGUUCCUCAGACUGUGCCUGGUGCUGACGGAGCUCCCACCUGCUGAGUGAAGGGCUGGGCUUGUCGGCCCAGAGGCGUGACCGCCACCUUUCCCACAGCGCUAGGUGCCGGGAGAUCGCCCUGUGCGAUGCUCUGGCGCUGGCAGCAGGUGAACAAGGGGCUUCCGCUCUCUGGGCCGGAAGGCGGGGAGGCCACAGACAAUGAGGAAGCUGCAUGCCCAGCGCGGGGAGAGGAAACGCCUUAGCUGAGCCGGAGGAAGCAGCUGGCCUGAAGCCGGCUUCUCUCUGCUGACCUUGCAGGAGAUGAGCUGCCGAGUGCUGCUGUUACCCUGGGCUGGGGGCAGUGUUCACCCAGGUCUGUCUGCCGGGGCGGGGGGGCUGGGCAGUUACUCUUAUAUCCAGGAGCAAGGAUCAGUUUGAACACAGCCAGAGCUCAAUGCCGGGGUGCCAGGCGGAGUGGGGGCUCCUGCACCAGGCCCAUUGCUGGGCACUCAGGUGACUCCACGUGACACUCACCCCCACUAUUUCGGAGCUUGAUGAAGCCACGGUCAGUCUCAGUGGAGCCUUUCUCCCAUCCAUGCUGCACCCUCGGUGUAAUGUGUCCUCCCUGCAGUGGAUUCUGGCCAGGCCCGUUCCAGACCUUGGUGUUGGUGUGUCGGGCCUGCCAGUUUGUGCUGGGCUCCCCUGAUGCUGUGUGGCCCCAGGCUGUUCUGUGACUUGCACCUUUCACCUCCUGCUAGCAGAACGCUCAGGGAGGCAGACAGAGCAGGAGCUGAGCAGGCCCCACGCUUCAGCCAGCUCCCUUGGCUUUGAGAUGAGAGCUGCACUUCUCAUCCCCCUGGAUCGGGUGCCCGUUGGAGUGACUGAGUAAUGAGCGUGUCUAGCAGGACCGCCAAUAACCUGGUAAAGGAGCCGCCCCCGAGCGCACUGGGUAGAGCUGGCCUUGUGAUGCGGAGCGCCAUGUAGUCAGGAGAUUAGCCCGGUCCAGAACUUCUCCCCAGGACCCCACGCUCCUCAGUCACUGCCUAAACCACUUUGCCCUGCUGAGCCAUGUGUUUGUGUGGAGGGAUGUGGUCGUCCACAGUGCCCACUGGCUGCCCCCGGCCCAGCGUUCCUCAGAUCUGGUAUCAGAUCAGUCCCCAGAGCAGGGGUAAAGCUGUUUAUUUGCCAUCCGGAGCCCCCCCCAGAGAGCCAGUGCCCCAGGCCAGCUCCUCUUCUCAGUGUAUCCCCUCAGUUGGGCUGAUCUUUGUGUGUGUGUAUAUAGUGUUGUUUUAAGUUGAUCUCUUUUAAAGGCAAUUGCUCCUGUCUUUUUAAUGAGCUGCUCUCGUUUGAGUCGGUCACUUAGGGCCAGAUUUUAAAGCUAUUUAGGUGCCUAACUCGCGUUGAUUUCAAUGGGAGCACGACACCCCACAUCUUUAAAAAUCUGGCCCUUCGUGUCCAUCGCCAGCAGUACGGGAGGCAUUUUCUGCCUGGCAUGGACAAAUUGCGCUCCUCCAGCAUGCUAGCUCCGUCUGGGGAAAGCUCCUGGGAGUGGAUGUCCUGACACCCAGCUGAGCCCGGGCAGAGUCCUGUGGCGUGGCACGGACGGGCAGCGUACUGGUAGUUGGUGGGAUUUGGGGGAGUGUCCAGAGUGUCUUCAAUAUGGAGCUGCAGCCUGUAGCAACUCCCCGUUGGGGUAUUCAGUGCUCCCUCGGGGCUGCACGCGGUGAGUGGACGUCUUUGCACGGUGGGGCUUGUGGUCUCUGCAGGUAGUGGCUGAUCUCGGCUCCGGUUUAUGGAAGAUGGGCGUGUCCCUCGGCACACGGGCACGUUUCCAGCGCGGCCGUUGGCUGGGCACUCCAUGUAGUCGUGUACGUCGAAAGGCGCGGUUUGACUCGUGUACGUGUGAGAGGUGGGGGGGUCGUGGGGGUGAUGGUGGCGGCUCUCCCUCAGCUCCUGCCCUGAUUGGUGGCUGGCACUUCAGGGCGGUGCUGGGGGGGGCUCUAGCCUCUCGUGGAUCUUGCCCCGUUCAUGCCAGUGGUGAAUCCCUGGGAGAGCUGCAGAGGCUGGGGCCGAAAUGAAACAGGCUGCAAGUGCCCUUGGAAGGAGGGAAGACGGCCGGGGCGGUCUGAGGGCCGGGGAAGGCUGGCUGCGUUUGGGCUCUGUCUCAGACAGGAUGCGCUCGAGGAAGCAGCCUCUCCCCGCCACGCGCCUGGCAGUUAUGUAGGUAGGUUGACUUCCUUGCAGCUGCCGUUUCCUCUCCUGCUGGAGGGCAGCAGACAAGAACCUGGGUGACUCUUCGUAAGCGGCAGCUCGGUGGGACCGCUGGUGUUUCUCCGGGGCAGAGUACUGGAAGGUGGGGGCUGAGGCUGAUGGUGGAACCAGGUUCAGAUCAGCUGUUCAGUGAGAGAUCUCCAUACUAAAUGUAUCUGGAAGCCAAGGAGCGACUGCUGAGGGUGUUACCCCACGGAGCAGGCAGCAAUGGUAGGUUAUUAUUCAGGGCAGGCCUGGGUUUUGGCAGGUGGUUUAACCGGGAACUGAGAGUGCAGGAGCUCCAGAGGUGGUAGAAUUCAAUGCAAAGCAGAGAGACGCUAGCAUUAAUAUCCCAUUUCUGCAUCAGAAGGGUGGUGGGAUCAAAGCCCAGGGCACCUGUAGCUCGCCCAGAACUGACCUGUUGCAUGUGCCUUAACUUGAGAACUGACAGUCAGGGUCUGCUUUGUGAGCUUGCUUUGACACCGCCCCAGCCAAGCUGUAUUCAGUCGAAAUGCCCCAGCCCAGAGGUGGCAGCAGCAGCGAUCAGCUACCCUCCUGUUCGUCACAUGCACGCCCCGUGUCACCUCCUAGCUUUCAGCCUAAUAACGCCGCUGUACUCCGCUGAUGGCCGGCAAGCUCCGGCUGGCUCCGAACAUUGCAUGUGCUGUGCCUGACGAAAGCCGAUCCCGUCCUACGAACUGCAGGACGAUUUUCACUUCUCCUACAGCUGUCAAAUCCCUCCUUAAGUGUCAGCCACGCCUGGUCUGAGACCUGGCACUACUGUCCAGACCCAUGGUGGUGUCUGACGGACCGAUUCCCUCCCAUGUGCCGGCUCUGACACAACACAACAGAACGUUCGAUGGGGUUUUGUUUUGAAGCACUUUAACAUGGUGGGGUGUUUCCAUGGUGGCUAAGCCUCUCAGCGGUUCCUAGAAGCACUGAUUAUAUUUCAAAAGACAGUGAGUGGAUUUGUGGGUUUUGUCCCCCUUCACGGUGGGACCGUUCUGGCUGAGACAGGAACCCCGCCUGGGAAUUCAAGACAGCGGAGGGUUUUAACGCAAAAUGAUGCACAACACUAAUGAAGCUGCUACUGACCCGUUUGCCAAGCUAUUACCGUACUUACCACUCUAAAUCAGUGUAACUGUAUGUGUACAAGCUCUUUGUAAAUAUAGAGAAGGGUCAUAUGAUACAAUGUACAUGAUAUUCAAUUGGAUUCCUCUCCACUGUAUUAUUGUACAGCAUAACAAUGAAAAUGCCGUCCCUAAUA